AUGGGGCUGGGGGGGGGUGCGAGCCAUGGGGCUGGCGGCGCCCCCCUGACCCUCCCCCUGCCCCUGCCCCCCCAGGUAUACAGCAGCAUGGAGCACCUCUCCCAGCACGAGCCCAAGGGCCCGGGCGUCACCAAGCGGGACCAGAGCAACAAGCACAAGGACGAGACGCUCGGCAAACGCGAGAGCCUGGGCAGCUUCACCCUGCGGGACAAGAGCUGGCGCAGCGGCUCCCCAGAGCUGAAGCGCCUCUCGGCCUCGGAGUACACCUACCCGGAGAGUGAGUCGAGCCCCCCGCUGGGCACCCGGCGCCGCUUCUCGGCGCUCAUGGACACCAGCCGCUUCACCGCGCCGCUGGAGGACGAUGAUGAACCCCGGGCCAGGGGCCCUGCCAGGGAGAACGGGGGCCCCACAGCUGCCCCCCAGGCCGAGGGAAAGGAGGGGAGCGCGGGGGCAGCUGGGGACCGUGCUACCCCCAAGAACGUUGAGGCUGGCAAUAGAGUGAAGGGGGGCGAUGCCCAGGCCCCGAAGGACGCAGACCCCCAGACCCCCAAAGCCACCAGCGACUUGGUGCUGCGGCGCGCCCGGCACCAGCAGCUGUCCGGGGAGUCGGCGGGCGAGAGGCGCAGCGCCCGGGUGGGGGGCAAGGUCAUCAAGUCUGCCUCAGCCACCGCCCUGUCCGUCAUGAUCCCCACAGACAGAGCACAUGUGGGGGCAGGAAACACCCCUCAUUCCAUUAGCCAAGGCCUGUCAGCUGCCAGGGCGUCCGUGGCGGACAUGGACACUGUGGACUCUGUGCACGUGGGACAGGGCUGUGGCAUUCAGUCCCAUGUCAGCAUGCACUGCUCACCGGAACGAGCCCUCUCCCAGGCAUGCACUGCUCCCCGGUAUGAGGUCAGAGGCCACCUUUCCGCAUGCACGCACCCGGCAGAACGAGGCCCGCUUCGUCCCAGCAUGCACCGCUCCCGUGAGGUGCGAGGCCCUUUCCGCAUGCCCUGCAGCCCGCAGGGCACGAGCAAGAAGCGCAGCUCGCUCUUCCGGAAAAUCACCAAACAAGCCAACCUGCUCCACACCAGCCGCAGCCUCUCCUCGCUCAGCCGCUCGCUCUCCUCCAGCGACAGCCUGCCCGGCUCGCCCACCCACAGCCUGAGUGCCCGCUCGCCCACCCAGAGCCUGCGCACCACCCCCGACUCUGCCUACCUCGGCGCCUCGUCCCAGAGCAGCUCCCCAGCCUCCAGCACCCCCAACUCCCCGGCCACCUCCUCCCACCGCAUCCGGCCCAGCACCCUGCAUGGCCUGUCGCCCAAGCUGCACCGCCAGUACCGCUCUGCCCGCUGCAAGUCGGCCGGCAACAUCCCGCUCUCGCCCCUGGCCCACACCCCCUCGCCCACCCAGUCCUCGCCCCCCCCACUGCCCGGCCACACGGUGGGCAGCUCCCACACCACCCAGAGCUUCCCCGCCAAGCUGCACUCCUCCCCUCCUGUGGGCCGGCCCCGGCCCAAAAGUGCCGAGCCGCCCCGCUCGCCCCUGCUCAAGCGGGUGCAGUCGGCGGAGAAGCUAGGCUCGCCCCUGGGCUCGGAGAAGAAGGGGGCCGUGCGCAAACACAGCCUGGAGGUGACCCACGCCGAAUACCGCAAGGACUUCCAUCCCGAGGCCGGGCUGCAGAGCCUGGCCGAGUCGGACGGCGAAAGUCCAGGGGCCAGCGAUGGGGCCGGCAGGCAGGUGGCCGCCCGGCGGCUGGGCCGGCAGGAGUCGGCCCUCAGCUUCGGAGCCGGGGAGGCGACGGGCCUGGCAGCGGGGGCCAGACGAGCGCAAGGAAGGGCCAGCCUGCGCCGAGCGCGCCCAGUACCCGCGACCCGGCGGGGGGCAUCAGGAGACAACAGGGGUUCAGACGAAGAACCUUUGCCGCUCCGCCGGCCCCAGCCAAAGCUUUGA